AUGUAUUAUACACCGGACCUUUCCAAAGUGAGCUACUUCCAUAUGCCCGGAAAGGAGCCGCUUCUAAACUGGACUGCGGGAGACGUCAUUAACAGGGCGAGCGACGUCUUCGGGGACACCACAGCAGUAGUAUACACUCAUCAGAACAUCAGCAAGACAUACUUGGAAUACAAGAAAGACGUAGACCACCUAGCUGCAAGCUUGGUGUCCCUCGAACUUCCCUUGGGUUCCAGAGUGGCCAUACUCGCUCCUAGGCUCUACGAAGGGGCACAGCUACUUUAUGCGGCAUCCAAGGCGGGACUUGUUAUGGUUGGCAUCAACCCAUUCUGCACGCUCUCUGAACUUGAGUUUUGCUUGAAUAAGGCAGAGUGUGCGGCUCUGAUCGUUUCGGAAAUAUUUACCGAGAAAGAUUACUACAAGAUGCUGCUUGAAAUUGCACCAGAACUGGAGAAUUCGGCACCGGGAGAGUUGAAGAGCAAAAGGUUACCGUUCUUGAAACACGUUAUCACCAUAGGCGACAAUAGGAUGCCCGGCAGUAUGACUUUCGACGAUCUGAAGAAUUCAGCGAUUGCUGAGGACUACGCCACCAUGAACUCUGUGUCUGCCAAAGUACAGUUCGAUCAAGACGCUUUCAUCCAAUAUUCAUCAGGCACAACGGGGCAGCCGAAAGCAGCGCGACUGUCUCACUUCAAUGUUAUCAACAACGCCAACAUUGUUGGCCGCUUCGUGGGUUAUCAUCAAAAGCGUGAAUCCAUCUGCUUGAACACGGAUUUGAUCUACGGAUUGGGCAGGACAAUGGGUGUGCUGGCUGCCUCGAUGUUCGGCUCCACAAUAGUGACGGCGGGAGCUUACUUCCUGCCAAAAGUUGCCCUAGAAGUCAUCACAAAGCACAGAUGCACGAUGAUCUACGGUUCACCGACCAUAUUCUUCGCUAUGGCGCGGGACUUUGAAGAAGGAGUACACGAUUUUUCUUCCGUUCGAAAAGCAAUUAUGGGCGGGUCCAUGUGUAAUCCUGCCACCAUUGAAAAGACGAUGACAAGGUUGAACGCCCAACAAUUAUACAUUGUAUACGGCGGCAGCGAGACAAGUCCGGUCAUUUCCCUUACGAAUCCCGAUGAAGAAACAGAUCGCUGGAUUCGAACGGUUGGCAAGCCGCUGGGUCACGUCGAGGUGAAGGUUGUGGACGCGGAAGGCAGGAUUGUUCCUGUGAACACGAGGGGUGAACUGUGCACCCGAGGCCCUCAUGUCUUCAAAGGCUACAUCAACAAUGAGGCCAAGACGAAGGACGCAAUCCGAGAUAACUGGUACCAUACAGGGGACGAGGCAACAAUGAGCGAGGAUGGUCGUAUCACAUUUGUGGGACGCAUCAAGGAGAUGAUUAACUACAUGGGAUAUAAAGUGCCGCCGCUGGAGGUUGAGAGCAUCCUCAACAAGCACCCACACGUGGAGGAGGCGCAGGUAAUUGGAGUACCAGAUGAAAGGACGGUAGAGAAGGUUUGUGCGUGGAUCAAGCUGAAAUCAGAUAAAACCUUGACCCAAGAAGACAUAAAAGCCUUCUGCAAGGAGAAGGACCUCCACGAGUUCGAAAUUCCGGAAUUUGUGUUGUUCGUAGACUCCUUCCCGAGGACUCAGACCGGAAAGGUUCGGAAGCACAAAAUGCGGGAGGAAAGCGUGCGGAUCUUGAAACUUUAA